AACUGCCAGUGAAACCUACUAGAGUUACAAUGGCAACAGCAGGUAUUGCACAAAGCCCAUGUAGCUGGUCCAUAGAUGAUUUAUGUAAGAUUGCUGUAUAUAAUGGAAAUCCAGAGCAUACAGAUGCGAAAGUUAUUUUGGAAUGCUUUCUUACAGAUAGGAAACAUGUUGAAUUAAAGUCAGAUAAAGUUGCAGGAAAAUUACGAGUUAUGCUACCUGUUCUACCACGUGGACAAACACAAUCUAGAGAAAUGCUGCAAGAAACAUUCACAAUAUUUAUGAGUGGAUAUGUGAAAAAAGAAUUGAAUUUUAUAACAAUACCAAUCGAUAAUUUGAAAACUUGGACACAAAGUCUGUUUUGUGAAACAAUACUGGAGAGUUUUCUUUAUUGGAAAGAAGUAAGGAGACCUAGUUAUAUUGUUAAGCUGACAAUUUGUGCUCUGGGAAGUUACAGUUUUGAUGAAGCUGUUAAAGUUUGUAACAAGGUGAUAGCAGGAACUCACAAAAAGUCAAUUAGUAACAAAGACAGCAGAUAUCACAGUCUAUCAGUUCAUAUUGUUGAAGGCAGUCUUGACAAAAUGAAGGCUGAUGCAUUAGCAUGUACAGUAUCGUCUAACAUGGAUUUGUUACGUGGUGCAGUCUCUGAAGCUUUGUUGAAACGUGGUGGAAUAAAAUUACAAGAAGAUUUAGAUGCAAAGUCUCACGGACGUUUACCUUUUGGUGAUAUAGUAGCAGUUCCUGGACAUAAACUUGACUGUACACAUGUUUUGUUUGGAGUUAUGUACCCAUUCAGCAAGAAGUAUGCAAAAGGGUUCAGGUCACUGGAGCAGUAUUAUCGGUCGAGUGUUCACGAAUUUGUGCAGAAAUGUCUGAAUCUUGCAGAAGAAAAAAAACUACGUACAAUAGCAUUCCCAGCAGUAGGAGCAGGCAACUUACAGUAUCCGAUAGACGUAGUUGCAGAUCAAAUGUUCAAAACUGUUAUUAACUGGAGUGGAGUCUAUGUAGAGAAAGUCGCAUUUGUGAUCUAUCAGUCUGAUAAAGAUGUGUUAAAGGAGUUCCAGUUGGCAGAGAAGCAACAUG